UACAGCAUCACAAUGCUUUUAUUAUGUCUUCUAGUUACUGGUGGUCUUUUCCCCUUCAGGCUUGAUAGCUGUGGACUCACCUCACAGAGCUGCACAACACUAGCCUCCAUCCUCUGCAAAGAAUCAUCAAAGCUCAGAAAUCUGGAUAUCAGUGGCAACUGCAUUGGAGAUAUUGGAGUCAAGAAUCUAUGCAGUGGCCUGAAGAACCCAAACUGUGCCCUGGAGACUCUGAGAAUGUCAGGCUGUAGUGUAACAGGAGAAGGAUAUGCUGCUCUGGCCGCAGCUCUCAAAUCAAACCCUUCACACCUGGAGGAGCUGGACCUGAGAGGAAACGACCCUCGACAUGCUGAACUGAAGCCCCUCACUGAUUUAGUACAGGAUUCUGCCUGUAAACUACAGAGACUAAGACUGUUGAAGAGUGAUGCAGCAGAUAAAGCUCUUGUGUAUCUGACUUCAGUUCUGGGUGUAAACCCCUUACUGCUGACAGAACUGGACCUGAUUGGGAAGAUACCAGGAGACCCAGGAGUGAAACAGCUCUGUGCUCUACUGGGGGAUUCACAAUGCAGACUCAAGAAACUAAGAGACGGAUAA